UUUUAUGUUGCGCCGUUGUUUGUUUAUAUUUUGUUUCAAAUCACAACAAUCGCAAAAAUUUAAACUUUAAAAUUAUAUCAAAAUAAAAUAAACAAAAAUGCCAUUUACAACUUUUACUAGAGUACGAGAAGUGAGCAGUGAGGACAAUGUUCAUUUAGCUGAAAAUUUAAUUCAAAUUCAACCAGGAAAGAAGUGGAAAACAAAAAAUUCUGGAGAGAAGUCGGCAUAUGUAAUUUUAGAAAUGUCAGACUGUCAACAAAUUACUGGAAUUGAUAUUGGUAACGAACACUCUGCAUUUGUUGAAGUUCUGGUAGGAAAAUCCACUUGUGGUCCUCAGGACUUUAAAGAAAUCUUAAUAACAUGUUCUUUUAUGACACCCAUUGAGAGUAAAAGUUCAAAUAACACAAAUAGAGUAAGGUGUUUUAGUCGUGAAGCAUUGGUUCCUUCAGUUGCAGAAAGUAAAUGGUCACUUGUAAAAAUUAUUUGUACCCAACCUUUUAAUAAGCAUGUUGCGUAUGGACUUUCUUUUAUUAAAGUUCACAUUAACGAAAAUGAGAAAAAAACUAUACCAAUAACCCAAAAUAAAAAUGUUUUACCUAAGCAGUUUCUCAAUAAUACUACUAGUAUAAUUGGUAAAUUAAAAUAUAGAGAAGAUUCACCAGAUUCUGAAAGUGAAAAUAGUUCAAGCCUUUUUAAUCGGUGGAAAAAGUUGAGGGAAAAUGAUGUUGAAACUGCUACUGCUGCUGCAAUACGAACAGCUUCAAAAACAUUAGAUUCCCGACUCCAACCUAUAAAUUCGGAAGAAAUUCCUGAUCGAAAUCGAGCCAAUUUGCUAUUUGGAGAUGAAAAUGAUAAUAUAGAUAAUGCAAAUAUUACGAAACGAGAGCGUUUAUCUAAAAAAAUAGAGGCCGAUAAGGAAAGACGGCGAUUAGAGAAAGAAAAAGAAUUGAAUAAAAACAAACGUAAAUCAAUAGACGUUACAAACUCAUUAGAAAUAUCAAAGAAUAUGAAUGAUAAAAUAGUAGUGCCAUCAUGCUCAAAAAAUAUUAGCAUUAAUAAAACCUCAUCGGAUGUUGUAAGAAAAAGACCUAGCUCUCCUCCAGAAAAUCCAAAGAAGAAGGUUAAACCUACAAUGAAUUUUAGACCUUUUAAUCAACUGUUAAAAGGUGUAGUAUUGGUUAUAAGCGGAAUUCAAAAUCCAGACCGAGGAGACUUAAGAAAUAAAGCAAUAGCUUUGGGUGCAAAAUACAAAGCUGACUGGGACAGCACCUGUACUCAUUUGAUUUGUGCAUUUAAAAAUACACCCAAAUACAAUCAAGUUAGAGGCAAAGGAAAAAUUGUUACUCGCAGCUGGAUCGAAAAGUGCUACAGUUUAAAAAAGUACUUACCAUGGAGACGGUAUGCUUUGGACAGUACAGAAUUGUCCAAACCGGAAAGUGACGAAGAGAUUUUUGACGACAUUAAUAAUCUUCAAAAUGCUGGAGUCAAUAUCGAAACAUCAGUAGAGAAGUCUAGAGAAGGAUGUGAAAACAAGAAUCAUACUCUUGCUUUAUAUGAUAUUGAUGACCAGAAACAAACUAAUAACUCUACUUUAAAUAACGAAUCGUUUUCCGAGAGUGAUACUGAUGAUGAAAUAAAACGAAUAGAACAAGAGAUCAACAUUGUCGAUAAGAACGUAAUGCCGAAACACGUUAACAUAUUCGAAGCAACAACUGAUGAAGAAGAUUACAUUACAGAAAAACUAAUCCAAAAAAAUAAAUAAUCGUUAUUCUUGUAGAUCUUUAAAACGAUCCAUUAAAUUUGUUAAUUUCAAACAAUUUUUAA